UUCGUCUCUAACACCAUUUAAUUAAACCUGCAGCUGCAGACCAAGUGUUUGUAUAUAAACCAGCACCAAAGUUUAAAAGAGAGACUGAAACACAGAGAUGGCAACUCCUACAAGGCGUUGCUUGAUCUUGACAGCUCUAACCAGCAUUCAAAUCCUACUCUCGUGGGGUGGCAUUCAUCAGGCAUCUGCAUGGGAAUGUCAGCCUAUCGACGGCACAUAUAUUUUGAUUGGAUGCUCCGCUAGCCUUGAGAAGGACAAGCCACAGGCUGCACCAACCCCUUUGUGUUGCAAGGCGAUCAGGUUCGCCGGCAUGCAUUGCGUCUGCAAGGCCAUCAGAAAGGAAAUAGAAGAACUUUAUAGCAUGGAGAAGCUGGUUUACGUGGCUGCCUAUUGUGGCGAUCCACUAGACCCUGGAACACAGUGUGGAAGUUAUAAGGUCCGUCCAGGUCCUAAUUAGGAGAAUGCUGCAAAGUCCAAAGUCUAGAGUCCGGAUCACUAAGCAUGAACUCUAUCAUUGCUGAUAUGUGAACCAUUAUGAUAUAUGUUUCUUAAUUUUCAUGGCAAAAUAUGUCCAAAUAAAAGAGAAAUAUAAUGGAUUCAACAUUAAAUGAACAAUUUGAAUAUGGGUGGCAAUUCGUGUUUGUGUGUUG